AGACAUUGUGUAUUCCGGGUGACCCCAGUGCAGUAAAGUUUAUCUGGAUUUUCUGUUUUAUUUCAUUAUUUUAUUAUUUUAUCUCUAAUCUGCGCUGCUCUGCUGCAUCAGCACCGCAUACAGAUCCUGCUCAUCAUGGCUCAGUCCAGUCCGGUUCCGGCUGCAUCAGACGGGGGUCUGUGUGAGGAGUUCGCGGUUCCCUCUCAGGUGGAGGAGGUGCGGAGGCUGAUGGCGGAGUUUGCGGAGCGGCACGACGCCGGCGGCCGCAGGGUGGUGCUGAUCACCUCCGGCGGAACCAAGGUUCCCUUGGAGUCCAGAACCGUCCGGUUCCUCGACAACUUCAGCAGCGGCCGCAGGGGGGCGUCCUCCGCUGAGUACUUCCUGGACUCGGGGUACGCUGUCAUCUACCUGCACCGGCACCGCUCCCUGUACCCCUACACCCGCCUCUACACCGGGGUCAACCUGCUGGACAGCCUGAGGCUGGAGCCGGGCGGGGGCGAGGGCGAGGGCGAGGGCGGGUCCGGCCGGGUUCUGGUGGAUCAGGCGGAGCUACAGAACGUGGCCGCGGUGCUGAAGCGGUACCAGGCGGUGAAGACGGCAGGGUUACUCUUACCUGUGGAGUUCAACACCUUAUCAGAGUAUCUUCAUCUCCUCAAAGCUGCAGCUCAGGCUCUCAAUUCUAUAGGCUCCAACGCCAUGUUUUAUUUGGCUGCAGCAGUUUCUGAUUUCUACAUCCCAGCGUCCGAAAUGCCGGAACACAAAAUCCAGUCCUCGAACGGCCCCCUGCAGAUAAGCAUGAAGAUGGUCCCCAAGAUGCUGAAGCCCCUGGUGAAGGACUGGGCUCCACAAGCUUUUGUCAUUUCGUUUAAGCUGGAAACGGAUCCGUCCAUCCUCCUGGAGCGCGCCCGGCGAGCUCUGGACAUCUAUAAUCACCAGGUCGUGGUGGCCAACGUCCUGGACACGCUGCGCGGAUACGUCGUCAUCGUGACCAAAACCACCCAGCAUGAGCUGACCCUCACCGACGACGACGUUCAGAAAGGGAUCGAGAUCGAGGAGAAGAUCGUCAGCAACCUGUCUGCUGCUCACACUGAGUUCAUGAACCGAUGAUUCGAUUUAAUCAUACGAUCAUAAUCAUAUGAAGCAUACAGUACCGGUGAAAAGUUUAGACACACCUUAAAUUCAGUGUUCAUCAACUUUAAAUGUUAUGAAAUCAUUGAGUAAACAAAAAAAACAAACCAGAAUAUGUUUUAUAUCGUUUAGAUGAUCAGUUUUGAACAUCUCUGCUGGAUUUUCUCAGUCAGUUUUAUGAGGUAGAGUCUCCUGGAAUUCAGGCUUUCAGUUAACAGCUGUGCUGAACUCAUCAAGAGUUAAUUACUUGAAUUUCUUGUCUCUUAAUGUAAAGUUUGAGAGCAUCAGUUAAAGUAAAGUAGUGAAGAGGUAGAGUUACAGGUAUACAGUGAAUAGUGAAUAUUUGAGUAAUGUUCGAAUCCAGAUUAUGAAAAGCAAGAAAAAAUGUUAAAACGAUGGAACUGGCACUCAUCAGGACCGCCCCAGGAAAGGAGGAGCGAGAGUUUCCUCUGUUGUACAUGAUAAGUUAGUCAGAUAAGAGCACCUAAAAGCUUCUUCACAGAGUAUUUUUUGGUUUGUUUAACACUGUUUUUAAGUCACUACAUGAUUCCUUAUGUGUUCCUUCAUAAUCUGAUAGAUCACUUUACUAUUCUCUAUAUUUACUAUGUAGGAAAAACAUUUAACUGGUACUGUAUUGUUUUGUUCUUUAUAUAUUUGGGUGUAAAUCAUUUUUCCAUUUUUCUGCAUGUAGUCAGUCAGGAAAGAGCAUCAUGUUUUUGAUGUUUAGAGAACUGUAGAGUACUGUUUUCUACAGGAGCUACAGUGCUUAUGUACCUGAGAGUAAUCUGAGUAAUAGAAGACGAUGAUUAGCAUGGUGGUGGUGUAUGAGGUGAUUUUUCUUUUAUUUAAUCGACAUUGUCAAUUAUAUUGACUAAUCGUUGCAGCCUUAUUUUAGAGUAGGGGUGAAAUCCUCCAAAGAAUCGGGACAGUCCUUUAGUGUUAAAGCAGUGAAGUGCUAAAGUUCAGCAACCUAACUGCUGCUGAUUAACUAGCUAAUAUUAGGGCUUUAUUGUAUUAUUGUCUUCAGAAAGGGGGUAGGUGCUGCAGCGAUUAAUUAUAAUUAUUCUGCACUACUUUAUUUCUCUUUUGUGUCAGUCUGAAAUUAGCUUUUAUUUUAUUUCAAUUUGAUUUAAACACUUGUUAUGAAGAAAAAGACCAUUAAGCAUUAAAACUACGCAUUAAACUAUGGGAAUAUAGUGGUUAUCAUUAUUUUAACAAGAAAAAUACAAAUAUUUGUGUUUUGUUUUUCUUAUUUCUUUCGUUUUUAUUAGUGAUUCUCUUUGAGCCCUCUGUUUGGAGUGUUCCUCUAAAAAAAUCUCAGAGGGGUAAAGUUCAGUGGUAGAGCCAAGGGGUGAAAUAGGAUUGGGUCUUUAUCUACAAGGUGGAGCAGCUGGGUACCAGCACAACACACACAAACACCUCGUACACCACCACCAUGCUAAUCACUGCAAUUUGUUUGAAUAUCACUAAUCAAUAACAUUCAAUAAUACUCUUUAAAUUAUAGAUUACUUAUCAACAUCACCUAUUGAACUUUAGACACCAAACUGCGUAAUUCUUAGCAUACAGGAUAAAUAGUGUAUAUUUAAUUAUGGUAUAUAAAGGUACAGGUCUGAGGGAUGUGAGGCAGUAGUGUAAAUCAAUCAAACAUUCCCAAGCAUGUCAUGUGUAUCUUCUCUGGCCUGCAAGUUUUACGUGUGUAUAUAUAUCUGUGAUUGUAUGGCUCUAAAUAGUUGCAAAUGUUUAAUUUUUGAGUUGAAAUAAUUCUCUAAUACUUUAUUAUGAAGGGUUUAGUUCAUACUUAACUGUGACAGAAGUGCAAAACUCAUUUUAUUAUUAUUAUUAUUAUUAUUAUUAUUAUAAACUCAUUAGCUAAGCUCCCUCAUCUGCUGACUGUCUGCCAUAGACAGUAGGUAUAGAUCCCUCCCUCAGAAGAGGUCUGCUGGCUAGUCAUGCUGUGUACUGUUUCAGGUUCUCAACCAGGAUUAAUUGAUUAUUCAUUGAGUAUUUCUGCCAUGCUACUCAUAUUACUACAAAACUAUAGAAACAGCUGAACAUAGGACCGAAAUGGCCACAAGUCAUUUAAAUGUAAACUGUUAUAAGAUUUAGUGAAUAAAUAUGUAAUCUGUUGUUUUUGGGCA